AUGGCGGAUCAAGCAUUGAAGAUACCUGCAAUACUGCUCUCGUUCGAGCACUUUCUCGGCGGACAAUGUCGCAUCACAGACAAACUCACUCCCUCGUUAUAUCGACGAGCAGUUGUGACAAAGGGAGCUGGAACAGCAGAAGCUCUCUAUCCAAUCAUUCCGGUGAAGGAUCCGAUUAAGCACUCUCAGGUCAUCGGCUUCUUGAUGUGCACGACUGGUGCACUACUGGCUUGGCCCAAGACGAGAGGAACUAUCUUGCCUCUCGGACUGAAUACUUUCUUGACGUGCGCUGGUAUCUAUAGUCAAAGACGAAUGAAGAUGCCGUACUGGUUGCCGAUUACGAACCUGAUUUUGGGGGCUCUGGUGUGGUGGAUCGAGAAUCGCAAGGCGUUGUAA